UGUCGGGCGGUGGCGUGAUCCAGGAAUAGCAGGUAACUCAACCACUCACGGCCUGCAUUUUUUAUAAUCUGGUUCAGAAAACUAGCUGUACCAUUUCGUCACUGCAGUUCGUUACGUGUGAUUAGUUACUUGUGUAGUUUUCAACAUUUGGUUUCAUAGCCUAAAUUACCUACAGCAAAGCAUUUGUGUUCGGUGCAAGAUACCUGGAAACAUUUUUUUUAUGCUUCUUUGUAUAGGCGUCCAGCACCCAGACUCGCGAUGCCAGCCAUCAACCCCAGCGGGCCCGGCAGCGCGGCGCCCCAGAGGACCACGUUCCGCCCGCCCUGGGUGAAGGACGGACCAGAGCCGCUGCCUCUGCCGGCGGCGCCCUGGACUCUGGCGAGGACCAGGAACCAGAAGAACCCCGUGAGCGCAGCGACCAAGCCCUCCUCAGUCAAGCUGAGAGCUGCUAGCAUGGAAAACGACGGAUCUUCAUCCUCUUCACUGCCGAGCGGAGUGGUUUCGCCCGGCAAACUGGAGUCGCAGAACGAGAAGUCUGCGACGCCCGAGCCCGCUCCAGUUCGCAAGCAGAGCAAAAUAACAAUAGUGCCUUCGAUGCCCUCGGGGAAGUCAGCGAAGGAGAAUGGAGAUCAGCCUACGGCAAUCUCCAAACCAAAACCCGAACCCAAGGAGCCGCCGCCAAAGAAGAAGCUGUCGCAAGAACGCAAGAACAAGUCCAUCGACUCGGAGCACAGCAAAGAACAGAAGCCGGAGGACUGCCCAGGCCAGCCAGUAGCGCCUCCCAUGCCACCCCCUCCACCCCCGCAAGGACCCAAGAAAGCCCCAGUGAGCGGAGCGGCUGCAGAGAAGCUGGACGCUCUGAGGAGUCGGCCCAGGAAGCGUCCUGAUUGGGGCACGCUCAUGAAGGACAUCGAGAGCGGGAGGAAACUGAAGCAUGUCCAGUGCAACGACAGAAGCACCCCACUCCUUCCGAAAGUGAAGGUGAAAGAGAGUUUUAUGUACGAAUCUGAAAAAGCGAACGUCCACAAUCUGCUUUUAAAAGAAAUUCAGGGAGGGGUGUCCUUAAAGAGAGUAUGUACAAAUGACAGAAGUAAACCGCUACUCGAAGGUCUUCGGAAAUUCAGACGGCAGCUCACGAUCGAAGAGCAGAUCCAAAAGGCGACGGAGGCUGAAGUGGUUGAGGCAGAGCCGGAUGAACUGGAUGACAUAGACAAAGUGAGAGACGAUCUCCAGUCUACAAAGCAGAUGUUGGCACUUGAGCUUCGGAAUAAAGAAGCCGUGGAGAGAGAAAACAAGAGACUGCUGGCGAAACUUCUCCACCUGGAAUCGGAACUCGAGAGAGAAAAAUUCUCUAACAAACAGGUUGAUAAGUCACCGGAACUAAUGAAGAAAAAGCACGAGGAGGAUGUUGCCGCCCUUGAAGUUAAGCUGCAAGAUCAGGAAAAACAUGCAAAAGAAAUGGAAGAUAUGUACCAUGAUGUUGUUAGCCAACUUGAUUUGACAAAGAACGAACUAGAUGAGGCUUUAGCAAAAGCUAAGGCACUAGAAAACAAGCUAGCAUCACAGCUGAAGGAUCGGGAUUCGCAUGUCUUAACGAAGCAACCUUCAUCUAAAAGGAUACCUCAAAACAAGGAAACGAAAGAGGCAAAUAAAUUUGACCAAAAUAACGACUUUGAAGUGGAAUCUGACUACGAGCAGGUGAGUGAAACUGAAGAAGAGGAGAGUGACGAAAGCUCAGAAGACAGUGAGGAAGAUAAAGCAGCGCUUCAAGAAAAGCGCACAGCUCGUGAACUCAAGUUACUUACGACUAAACUUAAGGCGCUCAAAGACAAAGAAGUAGCAGCUCGUAAAGAAAGGCGGUCACUAAGAGAGCAAUUAAAAAAACAACAGAACGCACUCAAAGAGGAGAAAAAAAAGUACAAAGAGCUUCAGAAAGAAGUAGAUAAAAUGGCCAACUUAAUGAAAGAUGACGAAGAAGAUGAUAAUCCUGAAGAUGAUAGUGAAGUUGACGAUGAAAGUGAAUCUGACAGUGAAAGCGAAAGUGAAGAGUCUGAAGACGAGGAAAGUGAUGGGGACUUACCAGAAGAUGCUGUAAUGGAAGAAAAGAAAUCAAACCUAAGUGAGCGUGCGAAGAGACACGAGAACACUUUAACAGCGCUUAAGAAAGGCAAUUACAUGCUUAAAGCUAAUGUAGACCGUUUAAAAGAUGAACUAUUUAAACAAAAGGAGAUGUCAAUUACACUUCAAGAAGACUUAAAUUCAGUAUUAGCAGAAUUAGGCUAGUUUUGAAAAUAAGUUUUGAAUUCAAAGUUAUUACUAUGCUUGUGCAUAUUACAUGGUGACAUUAACAUGGCUUCUUGAAAAAUGACAGUUAAGUAUACAGGAUGAGUCAUAAGCCUCCAAAAUAACGGCGAAAGUGGUGAUUAAUGUUUAUUUUAUUCGCACAAAUGGUAUCACUCCCAGCCAAAAUUAAUAAUAAAAAUAAUGAAAAUCGGUUCUUCCUUCCUCUUUUCAGUUGGUUCACCUUUCUGAAAACGAAUAAGAAAUUAGUUACUACUUUCACCCUUUGUAGAGAGACCUGUGGAUCAACCUGUAUUAUUAAUGGGAAAACAAAUCUCAAAACAAAAAGUCGUGACUAUAAUGUGACUUUUAAAAACUUACAUCUUGUGUAUUUUUUGGACUUGUAAAUACGAAUAGUUACUUACAGUUGGUCAGAUAAAACAAUUUUAAGUUUUUCUGUUGCAACUUUGUUUACUGUGUGAUAUUCUCGCAGAAAUAAACUAUUUAUGUAAAAACGAUAACUAAUUUAUGAGUGUGUUCAAAAAGCUUUCUAAGUGUUAAUAUGUUUUUAAUAAAAUUACUUACAAA